CAUCUCCAUCAUCAUCGUCCCAAAUCCAAGCAGCCUCCGUUGUUCAUCUGAACGCCUUCCAUAUUAUCCUUCUCGCCGGCAGCCUCCUCAAGCCGCCUUUAUUUCCUUACUUACAUUGCGGCCUCAUUUGUUCUCAAGCACUACUAGUCUACAGCUCACCUGCAAAAGGGAACUGAGGAUCCAGCUGAUAAAUCACCUGAUACACAUAUGGAUCCAAAGGUUGCCGUGGCUCUCACCCUGUCCCUCGUCGGCGGUUUAAGCACCUCCCUUGGUGCACUGUUGGCUAUACUCAAUCAUGCGCCAAACAAUAAAACACUCGGGAUUUUACAGGGCUUUGCUACUGGACUCAUGCUGAGCAUGUCUUUCUUUGACUUGGCUUAUGAUGCUGUCAAUGCGAUUGGUUUUCUGAGAGGAAACCUUUGGUUUUUUGCUGGAGCACUGCUAUUUUCAACAAUUGCAGACAUUUUCCCUGAGCCAGAUUGCAAUAUGUCAGAUGAAAAUGACAAACAGGCUGAUGACAACAGAGCAGGAAAUGAACUUAUGAUGAGACAUCGCCGAAGAGUUAUAUUUAGCGUAGUUGUCACAGCAAUUGUUGCUGGUGUGAGUUUGCAAAACUUCCCUGUGGGCACUGCUGCAUUUCUCGGAACAACAAAGGGCUUCCGUGUUGGUUUGAACUUGGCCCUUGCUAUAGCACUACACUACAUUCCAGAGGGUAUUGCAGUAGCUCUCCCAGCGUACUUUGCCACUUGCAGCAAAUGGCAGGCCUUCAAGUUAGCAACAUUAUCUGGUUUUGCAGAGCCAUUAGGUGUGAUUAUUGUGGCAUUCCUAUUCCCAAGCAACUUGAAUCCUGAAAUAUUGGAAGGCCUACUUGGAUUAGUGGGAGGAGUGAUGGCUUUUCUAACACUGUAUGAAAUGCUACCACAAGCAUUUGAAUAUGCUGGACGCAAGGAUGCUGUUAAAGCAGUAUUUGUUGGUAUGGCCUUUAUGUCUAUGAGCUUGUAUUUUCUAGAUGCUAGCCUCCCAAAGGAGAUGAGCGCUUAACAUAAUUUGCGCCUAAACCAGUUGAUGUAAUGGUCAAGAGAAUUUCAUCAUGGGUGCUGCAACAAGGUAUGGUGUUGGUGGGAAGGAUGUGCAUACAGUUUGAAAUCAUGAUUAAUGAGAUGUGUUGAGCAAUAGUAGGACAAAACAAUUACUGGAAGAUAUCAGGGCUUUUAUCAGUGUCGUCCAUGGGGGAUAUGUGACCAAAAUGACUGCAACACAGUCAUAUUUAUCAAGAGAAGGAGUAUUAAAAGGCACAGGCUAACAAUAUAUCAUGUACAUAGAGGGCAAAACUGUAUAUAUAUUGAAGAAAGUACUAGGCAUGUACAAACCACUAAUAUGAUGUAAAAUAAAUAGAAAUAAUUACAUACAUGAUAAAUGAUUGACGACAUGUCUAGAGAGAGCCAUUAUUUGAACACCUGACUUUACUCUUUUUAAACUGGCUACUAUAAGUUCUGGGCUAGGGCAAAUAGAUUUUACUCUAUUUAAACUGGCUGUAAUAAGUUCAAUUUACUUGUGUCCGGAUCAAAUACACUGUGGAUCAAUUUACUCUGUUUAA